AUGUUUUUCAUACUUUUGGUGACCGCAGUGGCUUUGUUGUGCACAUAUGAGUUCAUGCGUCGGCGCAGUCGGAAUUGGAAGUUGCUAAGUCAGUAUCCUGGGGACUAUCCACUACCGAUCGUGGGGAAUGGGUUCCAAUUGGGAUUCGAUGCUGAUGAUUCUUCCCACAAGUUAAUGGAAAUAUGGAAGAAGCACGGAAGAACCAACUUCCGAAUGACAGUGGGAUCUGAAGAAUGGGUGCUUCUGUCAAAUCCUGAUGACAUUGCGACUAUUCUUAAUCACCCAACGGAACUCGGAAAGCAAGUUGAAAGAAACACAGCAAUGGCACCGUUCUUUGGAAAUUCCGUCUCAACUUCAGAAGGUGAACGUUGGAAAACAAUACGCAAGUUGAUGGCACCAAGUUUCCACUUCAAAACCCAGGAGAAGAGGGUAGAGCACGUAAAUAAAUACUGCGACAGCUUGUUCAAGGUUUUAGACGAUCACGACGGUACUGUGGUCGAUAUGUACCGCUAUCUGAGACCGUAUAUGUUCGAUAUUUUGUGCAAUUCACUUAUGGGUGUCGAUUCGGAUCUUCUUUCAACCCCGGACCAUCCUUACUUAAAAGCCAGUGCAAAAGUCGUUAAUAUCAUAACUCAGAACUUUUUCUCGUAUUGGAGAAACAUCAAGUUUAUUUUCCAACUAACACCAUUUUAUAAGGAAAUGACGGAAACCAUAAAAACCAUUCGAGACACAAGCACUGUGAUAAUUUCCGAGAGGAAGAAGGAGCUUAAAAAAAUAAUUGACGACACUAAAAAUAACAAUAGAAACGUUGAUGUUGACUUGGAAGAGAUAUUGGGGAACAAAGUGUCUGAUGAUAUGUGUCUUUUGGAUAAAUUCCUUUUGAGCAAAAUUUAUAAUGGAGAGCCACUUCCUGAAGACAUGAUUAAUGACGAAAUAACGCUCGUUUCCUGGACUGGUCACUACACGACAACAAUGACGAUGGCACACACCUUAUACUGCAUUGCCAAGUACCCAGAGGUCCAGAAGAGAAUUUUAGAAGAACAAAAAUCUAUUUAUAAUAAGGACUUUACCAGAAAACCAACCAAUACCGAAUUGACAGACAUGAAAUAUCUUGAGGCAGCCAUUAAAGAAAGUAUUAGAACGAUUCCCACGGUGACGAAAAUUGGAAGACAACUCAAAAAUGAUUUAGAAUUUAAAGAUGGUAGAAAGGUACCAGCCGACACAACCGUUGUAGUAUUUUAUGAAGCCGUUUAUCAAGACCCGAAGACGUUCCAUGAACCGGAGAAAUUUAAUCCUGAUAGAUUCUUCGAGCCAAUGCACAAUCAUGCUUUCGUUCCGUUCAGUGCUGGACCGAGGAAUUGUUUAGGUUUCCGGUUCGCGUGGGUAGCAAUGAAGGCUACAAUAUCAAAUAUUAUCAGGAGGUACGAGCUUUCCCUUGGCGGUCCCGGAACAGAACCACAAUUCGCAUACAGAAUAGUAACGGAGUCCAAAAAUGGUUUACAGCUUAGACUAAAGAAACGAACUUAG